UGGAUACGCUUGCAUUCCUCGGCCUGCGCACUCCCGAGGAGACCCGUCUUCAUCCGGGGCUCUCGGCGCUCCGUGCGAGUCGCCGUCAGUCAGUCAGUCAGUCAGUCUGUCUCUGGGAGAGGAGGAGGAGGGGCCUUACCGGCUGGCUCGAGUCGGUCGUAGCGUUGCCCAGUAUGGCCGAGGAUGCUGAAUGGGUGCUGGAGAGUUUGCUGGGUUUCCUGGGCGGCCCUGCGUGGACGGCGGCCGUGACGGAUUUCGUGGAGCAGAGAUGCUCAGUUUUUGAUGACGAUGAAGAGAAUAAACUAUCAUUUACAGAGAUUCACCAUGAGUACAAAGAGCUGGUGGAAAAGCUUCUCGAGGGUCAUCUGAAUGAAGUUGGCAUUAAUGAAGAUCAGUUUCAGCAAGCGUGUGCUUCUCCACUUACUCGAUCCCCAGAAGUCCAGACUUUUUUACAGCCUGUAUAUGCUGUAGAAGAUUUUACAGUAUUUAAAGCUAUGAUGGUACAGAAAAACAUUGAACUACAAUUGCAAGCUAUUAAAAUUAUACAAGAGAGAAAUGGUGUGCUUCCUGACUGUUUGCAGAAUGGUGCAGAUGUCAUUUCUGAUCUAGAAGAACAGGAGAAUAAGCUAAUAACUGAAGCAUUAAGGAUAUCUAAGGAAGAAUAUGAGAAGGAACAGUUGCGGAGAGCUAUAAAGAAUACUGAUACUAGAUGUCCAGUUGAAGUUUCAAGCAGUCUAGUGGAAGUUUCAAAACCUGAAAUUCCCAUCAGUCGUACUGAAUCAAUAAACCAUACAGGAGAAGCCAUCAGGACACACAAAGCCAAACAACCGCCUUUGGAGGUACAGAAACAUUCUAUGGAACUCCCUUCUAUUAAGUUAAAAGGAGUUAGUAACAAAGAAGCUGCAGAGGAAUGGUUAGCACAAGCAAGAAAAGAGACUGGCACACAAAGCUCUAAUACUAGCCUGUCACAGGGGGAAAAGGAACAGCUCCAAAAACGAGCUGAAUAUUUGAAACAGAAAAGAGACCAGUUACUAGGGAAAAAGCUGGAUUUGAAGAAAACCGUAAAUAGCUCUAAGGAAGAAGCAACAACGUCUAGACGGGAACUAACUGAAGAUGAAAUAAAGAAUUUAGAGAAGCGGAAACGCCUUGCUGAGAAGCUUAAAGAAGAAGUGAUCAAUAAAUGAGUAGAUUACAUUCCUUCAUGCCCCUUCUUUAACUUCAACUAUUUGCCAAAGUUAUUACUAUAUUUUUUUGUAUGCUUUAAAACUUCGUUACUUGAUUUGUACAGUUAAUGAUAGAAAUAUAAAUUCAUUAUUGCUUGAGAAAAUAAACCAUAAAUUAAAUUAUAC